GUCCAAAUUCGACGACCUGCUGAAGCAGCUCGGGACGGGAGUGUGGAACGUGUUCGUGGUCGUCGCCAUGUGCUAUUGGGUACCGCAGAUAGCCAACCAGGACAUGGGAGCUGCUUUCUUGACGCCUGACCUGGCCCACACCUGCAGGCUGCCACCCGACGCGGCCUCGGCAGCAAGCAACGACACCAGGUCCCAGUGCAGCUACAACGCCACGACCACCAACGGGAGCACCGAGGAACGACCCUGCCUUCAGUGGGAUUUCGAUGACUCCACUUUCACUAAUACCAUCACGUCCGAGUUCAGCCUGGUGUGCGGCCGAAGCUACCUGCGGGCGGCCUUCAAGAGCGUGUACUACCUCGGCGGCUUCUUCGGCGCGAUGCUCAACGGCUGGCUCUCCGACAGAUUCGGUCGCAAAACAAUGCUAGCUGUAGGAAGUGUGAUUUUCACUAUUAUGUCGAACAUCCUUCCAUGGCUGCCGAGUAUUAACAUCAUGCUGUUUUUCCGCUUUGUCAUGGGCAUGAUGCAGCCGACGUCCAUCCAUGCUGGCUACAUACUGGCCAUGGAGGUGAACGAACCGAAGUACAGGACGGCCGUCGGCGUCCUAAUCUUCCUACCGUAUGCCCUCACCGUCAUCGUCCUCGGGGGCUACGGCUACCUUCUGCGGGACUGGCGCUGGCUCAGUGUCACGACCUCCCUGCCCUGCCUGCUCUUCCUGCCGAUGCUGCUGGUGCUGGACGAAUCGCCACGCUGGCUGAUCGUGCGCGGUCGCCACGACGAUGCGCUGCGCGUCCUCCAGAAGGCAGCGCGCUGGAACAAGGCUCAGCUACCGCCCGAGGAGGAGCUCCGCGCCCUCAUGGACCACAUCAGGAAGGAGGCACUGGCUGCGACUAAGAAAAGCGAUGCGUCCACCUCAGGGCUUGUCAGAUCCUUGAAGAAUAUAAUGGAAGACGUUAUUGUGCUUGUAAGAACAAGGAGGAUGCGCAGCAUCACGCUGUCGUUCUAUGCCCUGUUCUUCGUGCUGGGAAUGGUGUACUACGGCCUCUCGUUCGGCGCCGACAAGCUGGGCGUGGACCCGUUCGUGUACAUGGCGGUCAGCGGAGUGAUGGAGGUCCCUAGCGGCACGCUAACUAUCCCUCUGGCGGAGAAGAUGGGCAGGAGAGCCUCGAGCACGUUGUUCCUCGUAGUCACCGCCGGCCCACUGCUGGUGCUCGGCUUCAUCCCAACUGCUUUGGAGUGGCUGGUGGUCACAUUGGCCAUGCUGGGCCGGCUGGCCAUUACCGUAGCUUUCCAAAUCGUGUAUCUCUAUGCCAGCGAAAUCUUCCCGACGGAGGUGCGCGUCCGAGGGCUCGGAACUUGCACAAUGAUGGCCACAGUUGGCGCCAUGCUUGCCCCCUUCAUUUGGGAAAUAUUGGGCUCCAUCAAGUCAUGGGUGCCACUGUUUGUGUUCGGCGUGGCAGCCUUUGUGGCCAGCGUGACCACGUUCUGGCUGCCAGAGACCCGCACGGCACCCAUGCUGGACACCGUGGCCAGUCUGGAGGCAUCUCACAGCAGGGUCAAGGAAGCAAGAGCUGCUCCGCUGGACCGAGAGAUGGCGGACAAAUCUAUCAAGGAAACUGACGCGCAACAAGCGUAGACUAUUAUUAUUGUAUACAUUUCUCAGUUCGUUUAUAAAUCACUACCU